UCUCCGGGCUCCAAUUUAGAAUUUAGACGCCUCCCUCGCUGGGUGAAGGGGGUGGUGGUGGUAGGGGGGCCGUGCCUUGUUCGGGUCGGGCUCGAACCCUACGGAGUGUCUCUUUUCUGCGGCUCACCUCAAGGAGAGGCGCACGGACUAAAGAAGGGCUCUUCUCGCCACCAUGUCGCACCGCAAGUUCUCGGCUCCCCGCCAUGGCCACCUGGGCUUCCUCCCGCGCAAGCGCUCGCGGCGCCACCGCGGGCAGGUGAAGAGCUUUCCCCGCGACGACCCGGCCGCCCCCGUGCACCUCACCGCCUUCCUGGGCUACAAGGCGGGCAUGACGCACGUGCUGCGUGAGGUUCACCGCUCUGGAUCCAAGAUCGGCAAGAGGGAGGAGGUGGAGGCGGUGACCAUCAUCGAGACACCUCCGAUGGUGGUGGUGGGGAUGGUGGGCUACGUGCAGACACCACGAGGGCUCAGGGGCCUCAAGACCAUCUUCGCGGAGCACCUCAGCGAUGAGUGCCGCCGCCGCUUCUACAAGAACUGGUACAAGUGCAAGAAGAAGGCGUUCACCAAGGCGAGUAAGAAGUGGACGGACGAGGCUGGGCGCAAGCAGCUGGACAAGGACUUCGCCACGAUGAAGAAGCACUGCUGCGUCAUCCGGGUCAUCGCCCACACGCAGAUGAAACUUCUGCCGCUGCGGCAGAAGAAGGCACACCUGAUGGAGGUGCAGGUGAACGGCGGCUCGGUGAGCGACAAGGUGGACUGGGCGCGCGAGAAGCUGGAGAAGGCCGUGCCCGUGACCUCCGUGUUCGGACAGGACGAGAUGAUCGACGUCAUCGGGGUCACCAAGGGCCGUGGCUUCAAAGGUGUGACGUCGCGUUGGCACACCAAGAAGCUGCAGAGGAAGACGCACAAGGGCCUGCGCAAGGUGGCCUGCAUCGGCGCUUGGCACCCGGCAAGGGUCAACUUCUCCAUCGCGCGCGCCGGGCAGAAGGGCUACCACCACCGCACCGAGAAGAACAAGAAGGUGUUCCGCAUCGGGAGAGGCAUCCACAUGCAGGACGGCAAGAUCGUGAAGAACAACGCGUCCACCAACUACGACAUGACGGACAAGAGCAUCACCCCCAUGGGAGGCUUCCCGCACUACGGGGAGGUGAAGAACGACUUCGUGAUGGUGAAGGGAUGCGUGGUCGGCACCAAGAAGCGCGUCCUCACGCUCCGCAAGUCGCUGCUCCACCCCACGCAUCGUCGCGCCACGGAGAAGAUCGACCUAAAAUUCAUCGACACCACCUCCAAGUUCGGCUACGGCAGAUUCCAGACGGCCGAGGAGAAGAAGGUUUUCAUGGGCCCGCUGAAAAAGGACCUGAUCAAGCAGGAAGAGAGCGCGGCCGAAUCUAAGCUGUGAACUUGGACUGCGAUCAGGACAUGUAAACCCGCGCCUGGGAACUAAAUAAACGGCUGUCGUCAACCCAA